AAAGUUAUGUGUAUUUUCAGCACCACUCUAUCCUUAAUAUUAUACUGACAUGUUUUUAAACAUUGAUAAUUACAAGCAUUUGUAACUAUUGUUGUUAACUACCAUUUCGAAUGUCAUAUUCUAACAUAAAUAAUCCUACCUUGUCGCGCUCUUUUGAGUCUACUAAUGACAACUUUCGCUCAAGAUCAAACUCUCCGGCGCAUACUAUUAGAAGCAAGACUGGUAGCGCGUUUAUUCAAGAUAGUCAUAGCAUUAGUAGUACAAAGAGCGUCAAAUCAUACCCUAGGAAAGGAACAACACUUGCGAAUGCUAAUCUUACUGUUGAAGAACAAAAUCAUUUGGAAGAAGUGCUUUCACGCUUCGAUAAAUUUCGGCAAAUUGAAGACAAACGUGUGAAACAGUUACGCCAAGAAAUGAUUGAUAAACAAAAAGCUCGUAUAAAAAAUUCAGAAUCUAUCGGUGAAGGUCGAUGUAACAAUUGUAAUACUCUAUUUGUACCACUUUUACAACCGGCUAUUCGAUGUGUCAAUUGUCAUGGGGAUUUCUGUCGUAUGUGCACAGAAAAACUACCUAAUACAAAUGUUGUGAUGUGUAAAUUUUGUCGAUUCGAAACUCUGCACAAAUGUAAACUUGGAGUAUGGUUCACGGAACAACUGAAACAAGCUCGAGCAUCUGGUCGUGUACGAGGUGUUAGUGGUCCAGAAGCUCUACGUUCAUCUAUCCAACGAAUUCAACGUGAAGCGAGAUCUAACACACCUCGUAGUCGAGGAGCAAAUGUGCAAGAAUUGAUUCAACAGCAUCGUAGAUUAUCCGGUACUUUUUCUUUCGGGAAUACAAACGAAACAAAUAACUUUGGGAAAAAUGAUAAGUCGAGAUCUAUGACUCUAUUUUACCCUAAAGAUGAAGUUAAUGAAGAGCCAAAUAAAGUAUCUGAAGAUAACCAAUUUCUCAAUCGUGAUAGAGAUUAUUCAAUUUUUGACAACUGUUCGAAGAACAACGCUACAGAAGAUGCUGUGGAUGAGCAACUUGAAGUCAAUCAUCAGGAUCAACAUGUUGGAUCUACCACAACAGAGGAAAAACGUCAGUCUAGUUCGAAACCAGACAAACAAUCGAAAUCUCUUCAUAAUUCCCAGUCACUGGUUGAUAGUGGUUAUGUUCCACAAAGAACUCAUUCAUGGAUUGACGAUGAAACUGAUCUAACGGUUGAUAGACAUCACUCAUCUACUCCACAGUUGAAUCAAAUAAAUAUGUCUAAAGAAGCUAAUCUUCAUAAGCAGAAUCCUGGAUUCAGUUCAUCAGAAUGUUACAGUCCAUCUUUAGGUAGUGACACUGCAUCAUUAAUGGAGAAAAAACUCAACUCCUCAUAUACAGAUUUGACACCUGGUAAAAUACCUAUAACACACCAAAAAAAUUUUGAUUCUGAAGCUGAAAGCCGCACAAAUCUAAGUGUAGCCAGUGGGGUAUAUCCUGAUAGCAUACAAAAUCCCACAAAAUUUAACUCAGUUAAAGUUUUAAAUGUUCAAGACCGACGAAAAAGCAGUUCUCUGAAUGAAUUCGAUAUUAUUCGUAUGUAUGAUUAUGAAGCUACACCUUUAUCAAAGAUAAACGAAACCGAUACCAAUAAGGCUCGUGAAAAGGGUCUUAAUCCAGCACAGAGUUUUAGGUCGCUGUUUCACAUCGGGCUAGAUAAAAAUCAUGCCAGCCAUGCAUCCACCCUAAGUAUAUACAGCGAACGCGAAUCAAGUUACGCGCAUGGCAUUCAGAUAUCUGGAGAAAUGCUUAUGGCUGUGAUUUACGAUGAUGCAUAUAAUACACUAAGAAUCAGUAUCAAACAAGCACGUAACCUAGCGAUAGCAGAUAGAAAACGCAACAUAACCAAUCCCUAUGUGAAAUGCUAUUUACUACCAGAUCGAACUAAGGGUAGCAAGCGAAAAACAUCGUACAAAAAAGCAACAUGUAAUCCAGUUUAUGAUGAAGAGUUUAAAUAUCAUAUACUAAAACAGGAUCUAACAUUGCGCACACUCCAAGUAUCUGUUUGGCAUCAUAAUGCAUUGGGUUUGAAUUUAUUUCUGGGUGAGAUUUUUUUACCGCUGACUUUCCAUCAGUUUGACCAAGCCUCCCAUUGGUAUACACUUGGUGAACACCGCUUCCUUCCAACGGUAUCACACUUACAAGUCAGUCGAGGUGAAAUAGUUUUAGCCAUAAAACUCGUACCAGGUGAAACAGGUAGUAAUCGGGGUGAAAUUCAUGUAUGGAUCAAAUCUGCCAGAGGUCUCAGUGCGUCUACUGACGGGAUGGCUCUAAAGAAGGAUAAUGUUGAUCCCUAUGUAAAAAUAUAUAUGUUGCCCGGUAAAGAAAAGCAUUCGAAACAGAAGACAAAGGUUGUCAGAAAGAAUAAUAAUCCAGAAUGGAACCAAGCUAUUAUAUACAGAGACAUUAUCCUUAAUUCUUUAAAUGAAAUUGGAAUAGAAAUUUCUGUUUGGGAUUACGAUCGGUUCACAUCAAAUGAUUUUCUUGGAGGAUGUAGAAUCAACUGUGGAUCACAUAAUCAACCAUGGUUGGAUGCAAUGAAUGCUGAAAAAUCAGCCUGGUUGGCUAUGUGCGAAAGACCAAAUAUUUGGAUUGAAGCAACAAUACAAUUACGAUCAAGCUUAAACUGACCAAUCUUCAUACUUGAAGGCAAGAAUUCAGUGCUUCCAUUCCUUCAUCAAUGCCAGAAAAUUUUGAUCAAUUUUCAAUAUGAAUAAAAAUUAGUGGUAUUCACAUUGUUUAUGUAUCGGAACUAAAUACUUUCAUGGAUAUGAUUUCAUUAAGUCUGUGUUCUCAUAAUAUGCGCCUGAUGUUUUAAUGGUUGCAUUUUCAUAGAAAUACUGAAACUUUUGGUGAAUAUUUUCUUAUGCAAUAUUCUUACCUUUUCAGUCUUCUUUUUUCUUAAUAAUUACUAGUGUUAUUAUUAUUAUUAUAGUAAUACACUAUCACCAUUAUUAUCUAGUUCAUUUUUCAAUAUAUUUUGUUACAAUGAAAAGAAACUAUAAAUAAUAUUCAUUAGAAUAUUACAUAUUUGUAAUUUACCGCUUUGUAAGGCUUACUGUCCUUUUUAUUCUAUUGUUUAUUAUAGUCAAUGAGGCUAUGCAUGAAAACUAAUUAUAACAGUGUAAUCUUGUGUAUAAUUUGUCAUAAAAUAUAAUUAAAAUUGGUUGC